UAAACGAAUGACAAAUAUUUGUUUGUGUGUUUUCAAAGUCUGUUUUAUUCUAGAUUGUAUGCGAGCAAUAUAAUACGACAAUAACCGUUUGACUGCAGUUUAUCAAUUAGAUAUUUUUAAUUCUGUGUUGUGUGUGUUGUUGUUUUUUACUAACAGAUUUUUUUUCAUUUAGUCCGUAUGUUUUGUAAUGUAGGCUACAAUAACUCAAGUACUGUACAAUUCUGAGGUAAAUCAUUUUGAGGUAUUUUACUUGAGUAUUAACAUUUUCUACUUCAUACUUUUACUCCAUAAUUUACAGGAAAAUAUUGUACUUUUUACUCCACUGCCUUUAUUUGAUGACUUUAGUUACUGGUUACUUUGCAGAUUCUGAUCAAUAUUACAAAAUAUAAUCAACAAAUAAAUAAUUAUACAUUGUUAUGGAUAAAGGUCACACUUUAUCGAUCCCUUGGUGAAAUUUACAAGCUACCCAGCAUUAAAGUAAUCAAAGUAAGGCCCACUUUUACCAGCUGCGACAUUAAAGUGAUGUACAUUUUAAUGAAUUAGUAAUUACAAUUCAACAAUAGAAUAUUAUUCUGAAAUAGGCUAUUUUGCACAUUUACAUUUUGUACCUUAAAUAUGCUUUGAAGCUAAUACUUUCACAUUUGAAAUGCAUAACUUGUAAUUGAGUAUCUCUACACUGAGUUAUUGUUAAAGUACUUCUUCCACCACUGCUGGUUGCUUGGUUUUGUGCUUUUUAGCUCAUAUCAAUUAAAAAUGUUUGCUACUUUUACUUGCGAGAGUAUCAGAAUACAAUAUCAGCUUGCACAAAAAUCUCUGUUCGAUACCAAACAUGCAAUGCUACACGUAUAUCAACAGGGCUCCUGUCAUUCAGAAAUGGUUGCCCGAGCAUUGACCAUUUUCCAUCAUGAGGAACGAGGAGCUUCAUGCCGUCCCCGGCCCUCUCCUUCAACCAUUGACCCAGCAGAGGACCUCCGCUGCAUCACCACCACUUUCCAGUAUCUACAGACUUCAGGCUGGUACUGGCGCUCCAUCUCAGCGAGUGAGGCUCGGGAAGCUCUCCUACAACAGUCUGAAGGCACGUUUCUGGUGCGGGACAGCAGUCAUCCUCAGUACCUGCUCGCCCUCUCAGUGAAGACCCGCUGUGGACCCACCAGCAUACGCAUAAACUACAGCAGGGGCUCCUUCUGGCUGGACUCCAUUUCCCCCAGCCUGCCUCACCUGCAGUCCUUUCCAGAUGUUGUCAGCCUGAUACAGUACUACAAGGCCUCAGGCCACACGUCACAGGGCCAGGCGUCUGAUGACAUCCAUCCCCAGACAAAGCCUGACCCUGCCAAGCACACGGCUAAGGACAGCGUAGUGCCUCUAAAGCUGGCGCACCCCCUGCACAAACCAGAGGCCUUCCCUUCUUUGCAGCACCUGACCCGCCUCACCAUCAACAGACACGCAAACUGCCCCGACCAGGUGCCACUCCCAAAGCCUCUGCUGUGCUACCUGCAAGACUACCCUUUCACCAUAUGAGGGUCUCUGUCCCUCUGGUGCAGGACACAGAGACAGGAACCUAUGAGGGUCAGUGUCACACUCCAUGACCACACGCUGUGAAUCUGGGACAGUUUGACACCUCAGGCAACAGCAAAUGUCCCAGAGGGAGCAUAUCGAAAUGAAUGAGCUCAGUCUUACUACAGUGAUACUGCUAAGUAAUAUUUUUUAUUAUUUUCAUAUGUCGAUUUCAGCUGCUGUAAAUUGAAUUUAUUUCUACAAUGCCAAUAUGCGAGUUAUUUCUCUUUCUCUGGGCCAGUUCCCACAAAGAAGAAGAGAGUAGGUAGGUUUUUGCAUGAUUCAGACCACUGGUCCCAAUUGCUGGUUGCUUUGUUGUUCCUGUAGAGAUAUCAUUUGAAAUAAGUUGGAUUUGUGUCUGAGGAUCUCUGUUUUCUUUGCAUUGGAGCUCAUUAUGUGGGACCUGAGGUUUGCAAAGAUUUGUGCAACAAAACAAUGUUUAUGCACUCUUCAUGAAAUCAAUGAAACUGAUGAACCAUGGCUAAGCCAGCAGUGAUGCACAGGGCACAAUGAAGGUCUGCACACUGUUAGGCUCCAAAUACAUUUUCCAAAUUUAUUUCUCAUUUUAAGACAAUGUUUCGUUCCGUAAGAUCUUCCUCAGGCAUGCCAACAGUGAUCUCAUUUACACUUUUGGGCAUUAUUACAGUCAUCACAACAUCUCUUAAAUAUGUCUUUUUACCCUGAAUGUGCAUGGCUGUCCUGAUACAGCUUGUGUUUUUGUCAUUAUGACUCUACUUCCUUCUGCAUGUCUGUAUUUUAUUGGACAUGCUGAAAUCUAAUCACAUUAUAAUUAAGAAUUCAGACAGUGGAGAGUACAUUGAUAAGACAAGUUAUUACUUAUUUUGUGAGGUCAUGCCGACUUACUUGACAUGCAGAUUGGAAGGUCAGAGGUGGGUGACAAGCAAUUUUAAAAUAUAUAAUAAAACACAGUCUUACGUGUGUAUUUAGUUUUUAUUUUAUGUGCAGAAUGCUUUUCCUAAAAGAUAAUUUCUUACAAAAUCAUUACCAGCAUGGACAUCAAAGGCUGUGGGGGGAAAAACAGUUGUUGGCUAUUUAAGGACAUCUGUUUACAACUGGUUUUAUUCUCAGAAGAGGAGCAUAUGCCUGUGAAUUUAUUUUGAA